UUGGAAAAACUGCAAAGAGAUAAUCGGGAGUUAGAAGUGCGACGAGUGGAUCAAGAGAACAAGGCUACGACAUUCGAGCACAGGUACUUGAAAGCACAGCGUGAAGUCACAUUGGCCCAGGAAACGGUUGACAAACUGCAAACAGAUUUGACCAUCAAAAUGACUCAGCUGAAACGGUUUGAGGAAAAAGCAAAGACUCUACACAGUCGUCUGGAAAGCACCGAAGAAGAACUGUUACACGCCAGACAGCAAGCUGGCAAUCAUUCAAGGCAAUACUUGGUCGUGACAGAGACAUCUACGGACGAAGAAGCUCAAGAAGACGGUAGUGGAACUGAUGCCAAUUUGGAUCGAUCUGUGGGUAGUCCGAGCGCAGAACACAUGACCAAAGAGGCACUGACCACCGACCCGGAUGACGAUGGGUCUAGUCCAGUGAACGGAUCGACGGACCAGGAUGAUAAGACGGUGAAAGUUUCAAGGGCAAAAACUUCCAAACUCUCACGAUAUCGUAUCAGCGGUGAAAAUACAGUAUUAGAGGACCGUAUGAGAGAACUCAUGGAUGAGGUAGAAGAAUUGCAACAUGAACUUUCCCGGGCUCGUGAUCGGGAAUCGAUGAAUGAAGAACACAUUGCACGACUCUCUUCGACGUUUGAUCAGGUUUUCACCGCAACGACACACGAAGCACUACAGAUUCCAAGCAAACUACCUUGUAUACCGUAUCCGUCACUGGAUAACACGGAUUUUGACAAUGAGGAGGAUAGAGGGGUGAUUUCACUCAUUUACAAUAGGGGAUCUCGCAGUGAUCCCGACAACUAUCACCCUGGUAAUCUUCCUCCGAUAUUGUCGAAAGUCAUGGAGGCUAUUGUGGCAGAUCUGUUGAUGGAAUAG